UGGAACUUUUAAAUAUAGUUAUAUUGAAAUUCAAGGUCGAUUGGACAGGCAUUGGUAAUGACAUCAGUAUGGCCACCGGGGAAACUAAACACCUUUUAAGUUUUAGAAACCAUGGUAGAAUUACCAUGGAAUUUAGAAAAUAUUCAACAGAAACCGUUACGAAGCUUGCCUAUCUUUUAUUCCAAACAAUCCAAACCAAUUCCGUCACCCUCGGAGUUCCGAUCUACAAAGGUGUAAACUCUGAAGUUAGCAUAAAUUACUUAUUCACUAAAGUAAACAUUACCUUAAUUUGACAAUAGAAGGCAUUCUAUUAAACUAAUCAUAAACAAUCCAUCAAAUUGGUCAAAACAGGAACCUCCGCUCUAAUUAACUUCUCCCCGUCGAAACUGAAAAAUACAUACAGGCUGACACAGCUCACAAGCGUUCGCUUUGCAUACUUCUCUCCGAAUUCUGAAGAAUGGCUCCUUUGGAGAUUCAGCAUAACAUUUCUACCAUCUUUUGCCUUUGUAUCUCGUUUGGAAACAUUCUCCUAUUAUGUCGUGGUUGCUUUGACGACGAAUGCCGCAACAUUAUAUUCAAGGAACCAGUUGCAAACAGAGCAAUGAAGAAUCACGUGAUUAGGAGUGAGGAGGUCCCUAACGAAGGGACCUGUCGACUGUUGUGUUAUAUGGAGCCUAAUUGUGUGUCCAUUAAUUUGGGACCUUCAGAUGGAGGAAAACACAAGUGCGACUUGAAUAAUGCAACCGAUGAAAACCAAUUGACCAUCUUCCCUGCUGAUGAGCCAUCUUUCACCUAUCUUGCCAUUGAGAAUUCCUGUAGUAGCAGCCCAUGUUUGAAC